GCCACCGCCGUCGUCGCCGCUCCCGCCCCCGCCGCAAGCUGUCAUUGACUGCCACGCGGUGAAACACGCUCAGCUCGGCUCAGCAGGCGUACCACGCCAGCCAUCCGCACUGGAAAAGACGGGAGUGGUAUACUGCCUCCCCAGGACUCGUGACAUAGAAUACCUGAAACUCCGCCACAACCACGGCCUCGUCAGCAGAUCGCAGCAGCUGCGCGGCAUAGAACUCCCUACCUACACGGAAAUUAGAGCCAACCUACCUAGUCUUGCAAACCUGGGGACAGCCUAGGCAGGACAUUCUCUUCCUUAUUUUGCCUAUUAAUAAGGUAGUCUACAUCACACUGUAGGCGCCCAAUUGAGAGCGCAUAUCCUACCUUACCUUCACCUACCUAUACCUCACUCGUCAUGUCGUUCUUCCCCGGCCAAGGCUACCACAACCAGCAAGGACCUCCGCCGCCGCAAUAUGGCGGCGGCUAUGGUAACAAUGGCUACCCUCCGCCGCAACAAUAUCCACCGCAGCAGCAGUAUUCCCCUCAACCACCUCAGUAUGGCUAUCAGCAAGGCCCGCCCCCACCACAAAACUUCCAGCAAGGCCCUCCUCCCGCUCAGUAUGGCCAGCCGCCGCCAGGAAACUAUGGCAGACCUCCACCGCCUCCACAGCAGCAACAGCAAUUCGGACACGGUGCACCGGGAAACAUGACCUUUCAGUACUCCAACUGCACGGGACGACGCAAAGCAUUGCUCGUGGGCAUCAACUACUUUGGACAGCGCGGACAGCUACGAGGAUGUAUCAAUGAUGUUAAGAACAUGUCGGGAUAUCUGAACAGCUACUUUGGUUAUAAGAGAGAGGACAUGGUGAUCUUGACGGACGACCAACAGAACCCUAUGAGUCAGCCUACGAAACAGAAUAUCCUGCGAGCAAUGCAUUGGCUCGUUAAGGACGCCAGGCCGAAUGACUCGUUGUUCUUCCACUAUUCCGGCCACGGAGGCCAAACUAAGGACUUGGAUGGCGAUGAAGAAGAUGGAUACGACGAGGUGAUAUAUCCAGUAGACUUCCGACAAGCAGGCCACAUUGUCGACGACGAGAUGCAUCGUAUAAUGGUAACACCGCUUCAACCGGGUGUGCGAUUGACUGCCAUUUUCGACUCGUGCCACUCGGGCUCUGCGCUCGACCUUCCCUACAUCUACUCGACGCAAGGUGUACUCAAAGAGCCCAACUUGGCCAAAGAAGCGGGACAAGGCCUGUUGGGCAUUGUGGGAUCAUAUGCAAAAGGCGACAUUGGCGGUAUGCUGUCCACAGCGACAGGGCUUUUUAAGAAAGCUACUACUGGCGGAGACACAAGAGAAAAGAAUCUUCGCACCAAGACUAGUCCAGCAGACGUGAUCAUGUGGAGUGGAAGCAAGGACAGCCAGACAUCGCAAGACGCAAACAUCGCGGGCCAAGCUACAGGAGCCAUGUCGUGGGCGUUCGUUACGGCCCUCAAGAAGAACCCCCAGCAGAGCUACGUCCAGCUGCUCAAUAGUAUUCGUGAUGAGCUCGAGGCCAAGUAUUCGCAAAAGCCGCAACUCAGCUGCAGUCAUCCUCUUGAUACCAAUCUGCUGUAUGUCAUGUAGCGACACACCACUGCCGAUCACGAGCACGAUGACGAACAGGGCGAGGCAUGACAAACACGACACUUGGCUAGGAAAAGAGAUCAUUUUGUUAAGAUACCGCAUACCUGAUAUCAAAUCCAAGAUUAC